AUGUCUAGCUCCUCUUUCUACGACAGUUUUGUUCCCAUGUUGGUCAACUCCCUCGAGUCUAUCGAGGCUAUUCUCACCAGGGCCGAGGCUCAUGCCAAGGAGCACAACAUUGACGUCAAUGCCGAAUAUGCCACAGCAAGGCUCUACGAAGACAUGCGGCCUCUGCCCUUCCAGGUUCAGACCGUUUCAAAUGCGACCAAGUCAUUCGUCGAGAAGAUCACUGGUGUAAAGGUCGGGGAAUGGAAGGAUGACGAGACCACUUUCGAGCAGCUGUUCGCCCGGAUCAAAAGGACUCAGGAGUUGAUCAAGGGUGUCAAGCCGGAAGACGUCAACGGCAAAGAAAGCCAGACGGUCGAGGUGAAGGCUGGGCCCACUCUCUUCGAGACAACAGCUUUCGCCUAUGUUACAACUUUUGUCAUACCGAAUCUCUUUUUCCACCUUCAGACAGCCUAUGCCAUUCUUCGGAUGAAGGGAGUCCCUCUGUCAAAGAAGGACUAUCUCUUUGCUUUCCUAACAAAAGCCCCGGGCCAACCGUUUACACAGCAGUAG